AUGAAAUUCCCAGGGUUGACGGUUUACUUUGAUCAACAUGAUCCCAAUUCAGAGAAGCGGAUGGACGGGCAUCGCCCGUCGCUGGCAGGCCUGGACUACUCCCCGCUGCCUCGAAUCUCGCGUCGAUCUUUCCUCAUGGGCGUUCUUGUGUCCAUGGGCGGCUUGAUCUUCGGUUAUGAUACUGGUCAAAUUUCCGGCUUUCUGGAGAUGGACGACUUCCUUCAGAGAUUUGGAACAACUAAUGCGCAAGGCGUCAAGGAGUUCAGCCGCGUAAGGUCUGGUUUGAUUGUUGCUCUGCUUUCAAUCGGCACGCUUAUGGGAGCUCUGAUUGCUGCGCCUAUUGCAGAUAGGAUCGGGCGUCGCCCUUCCAUCUCCUUUUGGUGUUUGAUUGUGUCCAUUGGCUUUGUGGUGCAAAUCGCGGCCAACACUGCCUGGUACCAAAUCAUGAUAGGCAGAUACAUUUCUGGGCUUGGAGUAGGUGCCUUGAGUCUUUUGGUGCCCAUGUAUCAAGCUGAGACAGCACCCCCGUGGAUCCGAGGAGCUCUCGUCUGUACCUACCAGCUUUUCAUCACGCUGGGCAUCUUUUUAGCUGCCUGUUUCAACUAUGGAACAUACACCCAUCAUCCAAACAGCUCGGCGAGCUGGAGGAUCGUCAUCGGAAUCGGAUGGCUUUGGACUCUUAUCCUUGGCAUUGGAAUUUUAUUCUUCCCAGAAACACCUCGAUACAACUACCGUCAUGGUAAAACGGACAAGGCGCAAGCGACACUAUGCAAGGUAUAUGGUGCGACACCCAAUCACUGGGCUAUCCACACCCAAAUUGAGGAAAUUGAGAGCAAGCUUCGAGAGGAAAGAGUGGUCAAAGGAAAUGCUGUGACGAAGUUUGUGAGAAUGUUCAGGGCCCCUCGAAUGGCAUAUCGGAUCGCUCUUGGAAUGGGUCUGCAAAUGUUCCAGCAACUGACGGGUCAGUAUCGCAGUCUUCCAUUAUUUCAUCUUACUGAUGAGUAUCCUCUAGGUGCCAACUACUUUUUCUACUACGGAACUACGAUUUUCAAAUCGGUGUCGAUUAAUUCCUUUAUCACUCAAAUCAUCUUAAACACAAUCAACUUCCUCGUCACAUUCAUAGGUCUAUACUUGGUGGAACAUUAUGGCCGCAGAAAGUCAUUGAUCACCGGAUCUCUUUGGAUGUUUGUCUGCUUUUUGAUCUUUGCGUCUGUCGGCCAUUGGGCCUUGGACCGUGAUGAUUCGUCUCGAACGCCACAUGCCGGAAUUGCGAUGAUUGUCUUCGCAUGCCUGUUCAUUCUUGGUUUCGCGACAACCUGGGGCCCUAUGAUCUGGACAAUCAUGGCUGAAAUCUAUCCUUCCCGUUACCGAGCCAAGGCUAUGGCACUUGCCACAGCAUCAAACUGGCUCUGGAAUUUCCUCCUUGCCUUCUUCACCCCUUUCAUCACAGGUGAUAUCGACUUUUUAUAUGGCUUUGUCUUUGCCGGAUGCAAUCUAAUCGGUGCUGCAAUUGUCUAUUUCUUCGUCAUCGAAGGAAAAGGUCUUAGCAUCGAGGAAAUCGACACCGCCUAUCUCGAACACGUCAAGCCUUGGGAGAGUUCCAAAUGGGUCCCGCCAACCCCUGCCGAGAUGGCAAAGAUUCGGCGACAGGCUGGAACUGACAUUGGUGGCACUGAAGAGCCGGCCGAAAGCUAUCCGGUUGCGAGUGAUGGAACAACUGGGGCGGUGAGCAUGAACAAGAAAGAGGAAGAGAACGGCCUUGACCAUUCCCACCAUGAGGUAGCGUAA